AUGGACGACCUCUUUGCCGUGUUCGAGGAGCAGCCUCGCGCGCCCAAGCGCAAGGCCGACGCCAGCGAUGUCGAAAUGACCGACCGCGCUGGGAACAGCAAUGGUAGCGAAACAGCAGAAACAGCAGAAACAUCAGAAACAUCAGAAACAUCAGAAGCGAACGGCGAUGCACACGAAGGACCAGGCGACAGCAAGAGAAUCAAGCUCCAAGACGAAGCCGAGCCCAUCAUCACCGACACGUUUCAAACGGCCGAAUCAAGAGAGGUCAACGCGGCGCAAGGGUUUGCGCCAUCCACCGAAGAGGGCUCGCUCGUGCUGUCACACAACAUCCAGCACCAGGUCGCACUCCCGCCAGAUCUCGACCACGAGUACAUCCCGCUGUCGGAACACAAGCCGCCCGCGGAACCGGCGCGGACGUACCCGUUCCGGCUGGACCCGUUCCAGGCUUUGUCGGUGGCGUCAAUCGAGCGCGAGGAGAGCGUGCUGGUGUCGGCGCAUACCAGUGCCGGCAAGACGGUGGUGGCCGAGUACGCGAUCGCGCAAUGCCUGAAGAAGAACCAGCGGGUCAUCUACACGAGCCCGAUCAAGGCGCUCAGCAACCAGAAGUACCGGGACUUCCAGGCGGACUUUGCGGACGUGGGCCUGAUGACGGGCGACGUGACCAUCAACCCGACGGCCAGCUGCUUGGUGAUGACGACGGAGAUUCUGCGGUCGAUGCUGUACCGCGGGUCGGAGAUCAUGCGCGAGGUGGCGUGGGUCAUCUUUGAUGAGAUCCACUACAUGCGCGACAAGACGCGCGGGGUGGUGUGGGAGGAGACGAUCAUCCUGCUGCCGGACAAGGUACGGUACGUGUUCCUGUCGGCGACAAUCCCGAACGCGUUCCAGUUCGCCGAGUGGAUAGCCAAGAUCCACCGGCAGGCAUGCCACGUCGUGUACACCGACUUCCGGCCGACGCCGCUGCAGAACUACUUUUUCCCCGCCGGUACGAAGGGUAUCCACCUGAUCGUGGACGAGAAGGGCAACUUCAAGGAACACAACUUCAACGUGGCGAUGGCGGCGAUCGAGAGCAAGAAGGGGGCGGACCCGGCCGACUGGAGCGCGAAGCAGCGGGGCACCGGGAAGAACAAGAAGACCGAUAAAGGCGGGGCGGCCGCGGACGAGAAGACGGACAUUGCGCGCGUGGUGCGCAUGAUCAUGAAGCGGGACUUCCAGCCGGUGAUUGUGUUCAACUUUGCGAAGCGCGAGUGCGAGCAGAUGGCGCUGGCGACGUCGAGCAUGAAGUUCAACAACGAGAACGAGGUCAGCAUGGUCGACAGCGUGUUCGAGAACGCGCUGAACUCGCUGUCGGACGACGACAAGGGCCUGCCGCAGAUCUCCAACCUGCUGCCGCUGCUGCGCAAGGGCAUCGGCGUCCAUCACUCGGGCCUGCUGCCGAUCCUGAAGGAGACCAUCGAGAUUUUGUUUCAGGAGGGUCUGAUCAAGGUGCUGUUCGCGACGGAAACCUUCUCGAUCGGCCUCAACAUGCCGGCCCGGACAGUCGUGUUUACGCAGGUCACGAAGUGGGACGGUGUGCAGCGGCGGCCGCUGACGUCGUCCGAGUACAUCCAGAUGGCCGGGCGCGCAGGUCGUCGUGGGCUGGACGAUCGUGGUAUCGUCAUCAUGAUGAUUGACGACAAGCUUGAGCCGGAAGUCGCGCGCAGCGUGGUGGUCGGACAGCAGGACCGGCUCAACUCGGCGUUCCAUCUGGGGUACAACAUGAUCCUCAACCUGCUGCGCAUCGAGGCCAUCUCGCCCGAGUUCAUGCUGGAGCGGUGCUUCUUCCAGUUCCAGAACGCGUCCAACGUGCCGCAGAUCGAACGCGAGCUGGCGGGUCUCCAGCAGAAGCGCAACGACAUCAUCAUUGCCGACGAGGCCGCCGUCAAGGACUACCACAGCGUGCGCACGCAACUGGACGGGUACAACAAGGACAUGCUGGCCGUCAUCCAGCACCCGACGUACUGCCUCAAGUUCAUGAAGAUGGGCCGGCUCGUCGAGAUCGAGACGCCCGAGGGGGUCAACUACGGCUGGGGCCUGGUGGUCGACUUCCGCGCCCGCAAGAAGCCCAAGACGCGCCAGGGACAGCCCCAACCGCCCGAUUACCCCCCGCAAGAGUCCUACAUCCUCGACGUGCUGCUCAAGCUCUCCACCACCGACAGCCCAGCGAUCGAUAACAUCGCCUCCCGGCCCAGCACCCUCGACACGGCCAUUCCCCCGGGCCUCCACCCGGCAGCGCGGACUCCCAACACCAACGGCAGUGAUAGCGAAUCCCAAUUCCGGUGGGAAGUCGUCCCCUGCCUCCUCCACUGCACCAAAACCAUCUCCCAAAUCCGCCUGCACGCCAUCCGCAGCCUCCAAUCCCCCGACGACCUGCUCACAGCCGGCCAAAUGGUCCAAGAAACCCAACGGCGCUUCCCCGACGGCCUACCCCCCGUGGACCCCCUCGAAAACAUGGGCAUCACCGACGAGUCCUUCAAGAAACUCCUCCGCAAAAUCGAAGUCCUCGAAUCCCGCCUGCUCGCCAACCCCCUCCACCACUCCCCCACCCUCCCGGCCAUCUGGGAACAAUUCACCGCCAAACAGGCCCUCACCGACGAAAUCAAAUCCCGCAAACGCGCCCUCGCCCAGGCCCACAGCAUCGCGCAACUCGACGAGCUCAAAGCCCGCAAGCGCGUCCUCCGCCGGUUGGGGUUCAUCAACGAGGCGGAAGUAGUCCAAAUGAAAGCCCGGGUCGCCUGCGAAAUCUCCUCCACCGAAGGCCACGAGCUGCUGCUCGCCGAGUUGCUAUUCAACCGGUUCUUCAACGAACUCUCCCCGGAACUCUGCGCGGCCGUGCUGAGCGUGUUUAUCUUUGACGAAAAAGUCGAGACGGCAGAGCUGAAGGAGAAUUUGGCGAAACCGUUCCGGGAGAUUCAGGCGCAGGCGCGGAUUGUGGCGAAGGUGGGCGCCGAGAGUAAGAUGGAGGUGAAUGAGGAGGAGUAUGUGCAGAGUUUGAAGUGGCAGUUGAUGGAGACUGUUUUGGCGUGGGCGGGGGGGAGGCCGUUUGCUGAGAUUUGCAAAAUGACAAACGCCUACGAAGGCUCCCUAAUCCGGCUCUUCCGUCGCCUCGAGGAGUUACUCCGACAGAUGGCCGAAGCCGCCAAGGUCAUGGGCAGCGAGGAGCUCAAGGACAAGUUUGAGCUGAGCCUGGCGCGGAUUAGGCGGGAUAUUGUGUCGUUUAAUAGUUUGUAUUUGUAG